UCAUGGCAUUGGAGUUCCCGGGCUUGCAGCCGCCGCCGCCGCCUCAUCCACGCACCCCGAGCGCCCCUUCUUCCCGGAGCAGCAGCGGAGAAGGCGAAGCGGCCGGCGGGGGCGAGGCAGAUGGGGCUCAAGGCGCGCAGGGCGGCGGGGGCGGCUGGCGGUGGCGGCGACGGGGGCGGCGGCGGCGGGGCCGCUAACCCGGCCGGAGGGGACGCGGCGGCGGCCGGCGACGAGGAGCGGAAAGUGGGGCUGGCGCCCGGCGACGUGGAGCAAGUCACCUUGGCGCUCGGGGCCGGAGCCGACAAAGACGGGACCCUGCUGCUGGAGGGCGGCGGCCGCGACGAGGGGCUGCGGAGGACCCCGCAGGGCAUCGGGCUCCUGGCCAAGACCCCCCUGAGCCGCCCGGUCAAGAGGAACAACGCCAAGUACCGACGCAUCCAAACUUUGAUCUACGACGCCCUCGAGAGACCGCGGGGCUGGGCGCUGCUCUACCACGCGCUCGUGCUGCGUCUUUGGCUCAGCUCCCACUGUGGGAACCGUGGACAGCGCGCACAUUCCAAGGUCGAGGGAGGCGGUGAGGUCCAGCUCGCGGGUCACCCGGCGGUCACGUCCUCUCGGUGACCUCCUCCAGCGCACUGCAGAUACUCAGUAAACAUUGUUUCCUUUUUUG